AUGCAUACAAACAGCAGUCAGAACGCUAAUUUAGCAGAUCGAUUAAAUCGACGACGCCAAAUACGCAUUGAAAAUGGUUUAGGCAAAAGUUCUGAAAGUUUAGAUAUUGCUAUAAUAAAGAAUAACUCAACAAUAUCACGGUCACCUGAACGAACGCCAAGCAAGCAAACAAAUCACUCAGUAACAUUAAGAUCAUCAGCAAUGGUAAAAAGGCAGGAGACAUUGCAGACGGAUGAUGUGAAUAAGAAACGAAAUCCUGAAAUAAUUGAGAAAAAAGUUCGCCCUACGCCUGCACUAGAACAAGCCAUUAAAAGUCACUCAAUGGAAGCAGUUCUUGAAAGAGAAAAACCAGUCCAAACAUUGAACACAAUGAAAAAACAAACAUCUUCGCUUGAUCAAAUAGUUCCAUCAGCUACUUCUAAUGAACCCAGCGAACGAACAGAGCCUGUACAGCAAGAAACUAUUCAACACAAUCUACCUCCAAUAAUUUCUCCUCGAAAGACCAAAUUACAUCAAUCAAACGAAUCAAUAAUUGAUAAAAGUUCAUAUUCUCAUCCCAAUAAAGAACCUUGUUUACCUAAACUACCACCUGUAAUCACUCCUCGAAGUUCUCACAUAUCGAAUCCAUUUCAAGCAAACAAUCGCGAACAUCUCAUUUCAGCCCGCAUCAAUGAUCUCUCGCAGUCAUCGCUAGAUUAUCCAGCAAGUGACGCACCAAAUACAACGGAGAGCGGUCAAAUCUCGUUUGAUUUUCUCUCGACAUCUUCUUUACCUAUGGCACGUUCAACAUCCGAACAAAUCGUAUCGAACAGUAAACAUCGCGUCGCAACAACCCACGCACGAUUCAUAAAACAGAAUUCUCUGGCACUUUCUUAUGUAUUUAGCAAGAACAUAAUUAACACUGAAUUUACCAGAGCAUCGUCACUCAAUUCAGAGCAAGUACAACACAAAACUGUUUGGGAUUGA